AUGAAACGAACAGCUUUUCACUCCAUAACGUCUCGUUUGACUCUCUUUUAUACGAACGCGGCGUUGCAUGUGCCUGUAGUUGCGUCAUCACAGCGCUGGCAGGCGACAUGCGCUCGCGAAGAGGGUGAUUUCGAGACUUCAGGUGAAAACAAAACAUUCGGUGGGAAGCAACAGCAGCAAAAGGAGGAACAACAAUGGAAUUCAAAUGCACUCGGUAAGACUCAAGAGGUGCCGAAGCGGCGCAACAUUACAGUUUUGUGUAACACCACGAAAGCAGUUUAUAUUCACCCCACAAAUCACAUUGCCUCGUGGUAUUGGUUUAUUACCGACUUUCACAAGUGGUUCGUCGGAUUUGUCUUUUUAUUUGUUGGAACACAAGUUAUUGCCCGUUACCGCGUGGCCAAGCUGCAAACCGUAAUUCAAGCACAACUGGGUGAGAACCUACUGGACCAGCGCACUCGUGAUUUGUUAACAGAUAUUGAAGUGUUACGUCAAAAGGAUCCCAUUCGCCUUGAGCAGGAGGCUAACAUUUACCACGAGCAAUUCUGGAAGCGCCGUGCGCUCGCUGUUGCGGAGUCACGCAACGAAGUUCGCCGUGUUGAGCUUCAGCGUGGGAUUCUACAGGGACAGGCGCGCGGAACCGACAUGACAGAAUGGUUGGGAGCAAAAGCAAAGGAUGAUGAGGAGCGUAAGGUUGCGCAGCGCACGCAAGACUAUAUUCAGGGAUUUCACCAGCAUCUCAAGUCAAAGCGACUUAUUUAA